AAGAACCUUAGUGGAGGCUUCCAUGCAAAUAGAGCAGCAGAAUUACUUGAAUACUCCAUCGCUGAGCGAUGUCGAUGAAACCUACCUAAGGAAUUUAGAAAGACUGAGGUUUCUCAGCAGUUACCAAACCAACGUUUUGUGGUUUCUCGGAGAGUAAGCACGCAGGAAACGAUGGAUUCUUGGAGACAACAAUAUCAGUUCGAAAAUGAGGACGAGGCGUUAGUCAAGGCACUUGAGCUUUCCCGUCUGGAGCAACAGGGCAGCCAAAGAGUACAGACACAACCAACAGUUGAGCCGCGUCAGACUGAAUUUCAACGAACCACUCAAGCUUUGGGUCCAGAUUUAAAGAGUACGUUGACGUCGGUUUUUAUGCUUUCUAUGAACCUCCGCACUGUUUAUUUCCAAAUUGUAACCUUAAAUGCCUUAUACUUCAUUUUCCAUUGAUUGAACCAAAUAAGUAAAUUUUAAUCUUCUAAUUUUGACAACCUACAUUUGAUAGAGAAGGGAAUUUGUUUUUAUAAGUGUGGCAGAGUUUCUUAUCAAAUAUGUUAGGCUUUAAAGGGAAAACAGGUCGCAAGUCGCAAGCUGAAACCAAAAGGGCAACUCCACUUUGCCUGCCAAACAACUGUAAAUGGGAUUCGAGCUCAGGCCAGUACAUCAAAACAGGAGAAAUGCGAACCUCACUGUAUGUGGUAGAUGAAGCACUUGAAAACCUCCGGAGGAUUAAAGGUCCAGUAUGUGUGGUGUCUAUCGCCGGGCCAUACAGAAAAGGAAAGUCCUUUGUACUCAGCGAAGCCUUCAAUCAACCACAAGUUUUCCCUCUUGGACAUCACAUGGAACCGGAAACCAUGGGAAUCUGGUUAUGGAUAGUGCCGGACAAGUUCAGGGAUGCUAAAGGCCAGGAAAUCACAAUAGUGCUGCUGGACUCUGAGGGAAUUGACGCAGUAACUGGAGAAGGACUUGAUGAUAACCAGAUCUUCACUUUAACAGUUUUGUUAGCCUCAGUUUUGAUCUACAAUUCACAAAGCGUUCCAACUAGGCGUGAUCUUGAGGGACUGGAUUUCAUUGUGAAACUAACUCAUCGUAUUGAGGUGCGAUCAACAACAAAGCAUGAGACCGAGAGAAGCCAUCGGGACUCAGAGUAUUUCCAUAAGACCUUUCCUUUCUUCAUAUGGCUACUUAGGGACGUAACACAAGCAAUUCCAAGAGACUGUAGCAAUGUUAAGGACUACUUCUUGAAAAAGGUAUUUAAGGUCCAGGAUUCAUCAGCUGUUGGCCAAGAAAGUCAGAAAGUAGCCGAAAGCAUCUUAAGCUUCUUUCCCGGUUUCGAAGCAUUCACUUUACCUUCUCCCACCGUCGACCCCGAGGCGUUAAAAAGUAUCACUGAAAACAAAAGUCUCAUUAAUCCUUUGUUCAUCAGUGGGUUGGAAGAUUUCAGAAGUUUGGUGAGGCGAAUUCUGCUCCCCAAAAACAGCAUUAACGAUGGAGAACUUGUCACCGGAGAAGGCCUUGCAGUACUGGUACAGCUCUACGUCCAAGCCAUCAACACGCCUGGUAUGGUCCCGAAUGUUCAGAACGCCUGGGAUCAGUUUGUGGAGGUGAAAUGUUCUGACGCAAUGAAAGAUGCACUUAAUGCUUAUGACACCACCAUGUCAUUACAACUGAAGGAUAAGUUACCGUGUGAUAAUGAUCGACUGCGAAAUGGUCAUGGAAUGGCACUGGAGAACAGUGAAGCCCAUUUCAUGGCGGACACGGCAGGAAUAUCUACAAACACGAUCGAGACGUUUCUGAAAAAUUUGAAGGAAUCGUUGAGUGAAAGGUUUCACUUAUGGCAAGAGAAGAAUGCAAAAAUGACCAGAGAAUUCUGCAACAACCUGCUCGCAAUGCUCAAAAAGCAGCAUCUGGACCCAGUAAUACAGCAACUACAGAGAAAAGAGGGAGCCAAGCUUUCCUUUCAUGAGAUUAUUGGAAAAUACAAUCUGAUUAAAGAUGACUACCACAAGUCUGCAAUCGGCGCAAAAGAUGAAAUUGAGGCGGUGUUUUUUGAGUUUCACCCAGCAUUGAUGAAAGAGCAAGAGCAAUACAUGAGCCUCUUACAACAGCUGAAAGACUACGAUGAAAGACUGACCGAAGAAUUGGCUGCCAAAGCCUUUCAAGAGCAGGAAAAACAAAAGCUUGAGAUGGAAAUGUUAAGCGAAAGGCAAAACGAGGAGAGAAAGAAAUUCCGGGAGCAAAUGGAUAACGAUCUUCGAGUCCAGAGAGAUCAGAUGAACAACAUGAUGGACGCAAAUAUGCAACAAGCACAGAGGGAAAGAGAGCAGUUUUUGCAAGAAAUUCAGCAACUCCGAAACCAGUUCCUUGACAUGCAGAAAAUGAACGAGGAAAACAUCAAGAUGAUAAAAAAGCUGUCUAAGUUGGUUGAAAGGCAAGAGGAAGAGAAGAGAAGAGAGGAAGAGAAGAUGGAAAGAACUCAAGCUGCCAUGGAAAAAAAGGAGAAGUUUGAAAAGAUGGAAGCAAGGCACAGAGAAGAAAAGGAAAGUCUACGUCGCGAGAUGGAGGAAAAGCUUGAGCAACAACGCCAAGCUUUGACAGAAGAGUACCAAAAGGCUGCUCAGUCUCGAAUGCAAAUGGUGGAAGAAAUAGGAAAAAAGUUGGAAGACGUUGAAGAGGAGCUAAAGGAAGUUAAGAAACCAGGCUUUAUUAAACGAGCUGCCAUAAAAGUGAAAGAUGCGAUAGCUACUGGAGCUCGAAAAGUAGUGGAGAAUUGCGUAGUAAUGUAAGAAAUCACAACACGACCCGCAAAAAUUGAAAGAAAAUACUUAUAAAAGUGAUUGGAAAGAAGAUUCUCAAGUUAUAUUCGAUUCAUUGUAAUUGACGUCUUUUAAGAUAUUUCACCUUGACGAAUAAGUCGCAGAUUGUCAAUGUUUUUCGUUUUUGCAGCUGUUUUUAAAAUAAUUCGUCAAGACAAAAAAUGACAAAAAAAAACCUAAGCUAGACUCGCACACAUGAUGAUUAGAGCUAUAUACGACUUCACGUGGUAGGAAAUUAAUGUAGAAGUAGCUGCAAAUAUGGUUUUUUAGAGGAGAUUUAUGCUGAACAGAAUAUAUCACCUUAAGUUACCGCUGAUACCUGGAUUGCCUUUACAGUUUGGAUUUACUGAUUUUCCUCUUCCGCUCGACCACGGUGUGGAGUUACUUCGUCCACACCCCAUAUUUCAAAGAAAUUGAUACCAAAGCAAAGGGUCUGAUGUGGAAACUAUAUCUAAAUAAAGCUAAGAUGACUGAAAAUGCCAGCACGAAGUUAUCACCAUGCACGAAACGCCAAUGAGUCGUUUCAGAAGAGUAGCUAGAAGAGUCAAUAGCAUGCUCUCGGUAUAGUACCAAAGACUUUAACUAAUUUCUCUAUAGAUUCAUAUGUAAUAGAGCAAUAAGUAAGAUAUCGAUGUCCAAGCUUAAGAUUUAUAAAUUUGUGCAGU